AUCAUAAGACUAUUUCAAAUACUAACAAUGGCAACGGCACAGGGUCAGGACAUCAUAGAAUGUUCAUUAUGUCAAGAGCCAGUGGAAUUUUAUUGUAAUCACUGUCACACAGAGUUAUGUAGUAACUGUGUUCUGAUUCACAUGAAAGACAAAACGAAAAAACACCAAGUAGUUGAAUUUAGCAACAAAAAGUGCUCACUUGUCUUCCUUGAAUGCAGUUCCCAUGAAAACAAGUGCGAAACGUAUUGCUGUGAUUGUGAGAUUCCAACUUGUAUAAAAUGCGUAACAGAUUCGCAUAAAGGUCACGUCUUUUCAGAUCUCGAAAAUUUUAUUGAAGAUCGAAAGAAACAGAUCUCUUCAGAUAUAGAGGAACAGAAAUCCAUUUGUGAGAGGUACCAGACCUUGAAAGAAGCUAUAGUUCCACACGAAAAUGAGUUUGAUACAGCAAUUAAAAAGAUAUCUCAGAGAGAAGAGGAAGUGGUCAGAACUGUCCGUGAAGCUGCAGCAAAAAUGAAGUCAGAUGUGGAAGAAAGGAAAACAAAGGUUAUGUCACGGAAUAAAGAAAAUAUGAAAAGAAUCUUAGAUUCAGAGCAUCAACUACAGCAAGCCAUCAAAAAGUGUGAAGAAACUUUGCAGUCAAGGUUCGCAAUUGAUCUUAUAAAUUACUGCUCAAUAAGUAAAAAGAAUCAAGAAGAUCCAUGUUUCUCUGAAAAUGUAAGCCCUGUAUUUUUGUCCGGAAUUUCUGACAAAGAACAAAUAUUGGAAAUGAUUGGCUCUGUGUCUUACAAAGAUGAUGCAAACAAGAGCAUAAAAAUGCAUCAUGUAUCAUCUGAUAUCCCUUCAGCAAUACUGAAAACAAUUCAAUCACCUUACCUUCCACUUUGGAGAUUACAAUCGGGAAUCAAUGGCAAGAUAUGGACGAGUGGCGAUGAUCACACAAUCAAAGAACUAGACAAAAAUGGAAAAAUUCUAAACACUAUACAAAAUGCUCAAAAACCUGGAAUCUUUUCCAUCAAUACAAAUGGAGAUUUAUUGUUUCCGGCAGAUCAUCCAUCGGGAACAAUUUUUCUUUUUACUGAGGGCAGAUUUAAGCGUUAUUUUUCUCUUCGAGAUUGGUUUGCAAUGGGAAUUUGUUUUUCUUUCCACGAAACUGUGUUAGUGAGCAUGCGUUCUGCAGGUGAAAAGCAGAGCAGAGUGACAAGGUUCUCAAACCAAGCAGAGAUAGAACGAAUCCAAUAUGAUGCUCAGGGAAUUCCUUUGUUUUCUACGAACAACAUGAACGUUCUUCCUUUGACAGAAAACGGAAAUGGAGAUAUUUGUGUGGCUGAUUUCGCUGGAGAGAUAGUUGUUGUUGUUGACGCGUAUGGGAAACUCAGAUUUAAAUAUGACGGUAAUAUUAUCAACCAAUCAAAGUACAAAAAAUUUUCCCCAUUACACAUUGCAACUGAUGUCAACCAACAAAUUCUGAUCUGUGACUAUUUGAAUGACAUUGUUCAUGUCAUUGACAAAAAUGGUAACUUUGUCCGUUAUAUAGAAUAUUCUUGCAAAGGCGGACUCAGUGUUGAUUGUGACCACAAUCUAGUCAUAGGAAAUGAAGAAAACGGUCUUAUUAGUAUAAUUAAAUGCUAAAAAAAAAUAAGGUAAACAGAAAGCAAAAAAUGCCUCUGGUAAUUGCGAUCAUUCUUUAUCUAAAUAAAAAUGUAAUAAGCAAUUUAUUAAUCAAGGGCGAAUCAGGAAUUCAAAUUGGAUGAAACAUAAUGUAAAAAAGGAGAAAAGGGAAACGCUUGCCCCUAUGUACAGUCA